GACUAAUGUAUUAAAAAUAAACUUUGGGUUUUCAAUUCUCUUUUUUUUUGUGGUGCUAACUUGUUUUAUAAUAUUUAAUAAAAAAUAAUGGAAUAGCCUUUAAUCUUAAAGUGACGCUGGAAAACAAUAACAAACUCUGAAUACAACACGGGGUUAAUAACCAGAGUAGUUAAUGCCGAUGACGAGUGGAAAAAAAGAUUAUUGUUUCCUCAUGAUUUCCUUGUUUCCUUAUUCGUCUAGUCAUACAAGUUCUAUGAUUGUUCUUGGAUAAAAUUAACAUGACAGCUGACAUAAUCUUGAAAAUGGUGUAGAUAGAAAGAUCUUAUUUUGGUUUAUUUUUAUUGUGUUUAUUUUAAGUUUUUAUUUAAUUUCAAGCGUAUUUAUUGAUAAUUAUCAUUUACUUACCAAUUCUACAAUGUCACGAACGAAAUCAAAACAUAAUAUAGAAGUGUGCGGAGACUGCGGGGCUUUGGAUGCCACCUGGGCUUCAGUAAACAAGGGAAUAUUAUUAUGUACUCAAUGUUGCAGUAUUCACCGCAGCUUAGGAAGACACAUCUCGCACGUGAAAUCUCUGUUGAAGAGUACAUGGCAUCCAAACCAACUAAAUAUGGUGUGUACUUUGAAUAAUAAUGGUGCUAAUAAUAUUUGGGAGCAUGCUUUACUUGAAAAUGGGGCUAAAUUGAUGAAAAAGAAACCUAAUGCUAAAGAUCCAAUUAGCGUGAAACAUGAAUAUAUCAAGCAAAAACACCUCCAAUGCGCUUACGCAUUUAGAGAAAACUAUGAAGAUGGUCUUAUGAGUGUCGAAAAUGAAUUAGGAAAACAACUUCAUGCCAGUGUAAGGACACCUAAUUUGGAAACCUCUUUCCGUUUACUUGCUUUGGGAGCAGAUCCUAACUAUUUUCAUGAUGAAAAAGGUUCAACUCCAUUGCAUGUUGCAACUAAAUCUGAUCAAAAAUUACAAGUUGAGUUAUUAUUAGUAUAUGGGGCAGAUCCUUCAUGUCCAGAUAAUCAUGGCAAAACGCCUAUAGAGUAUGCAAGGGCCCUUCCUAACAAAGAUUUAGCCAAUCGCCUGGUAGAAAGCCAAUACGAAGUAACUGAUACUUUUAGUUAUUAUUUAUCACUCAGAAAACCAGAUCAUAUAAAUGGCAAUCAUUUUUACAUCCCACAAACUGGUUUCAAAUCAAAUGCACUCUCACUGACCAAACUACAAAAGUUAAGUAACCAUGUAUUUGAGGAACUCGCAAUGGAUGUCUAUGAUGAAGUCGAUAGAAGAGAAACGGAAGCCAUUUGGCUGAGUUGUGCUGAUACCACGGAACUAAAUGAUGUUCCUUUUCUUCCUGUCGAUAACACAUUAUCCACAACAAGAAAUCAAGGAAGGCAAAAGUUGGCUAGAUUUUCUACUCCAGAACUUAAAAGUCUCGUAUACGAUAUCUUGAUAGAUACUCAAAGGCGGCAAAUGGUUUCUGACAAGAGUAAUAUGCAAUUGCGAGAAGUAUCAACUUUAGAUGAGGACCCAUUAUACGAUUCGGUUGCCUCGGACGAUGAUUACGCAGUAGUUCCCGAUGACGAGCCCCCUACCUCCCCACAAACCGAAAAAUCUCCGUCCAACGACAAGGACAGCAUCAUCUCUAUAGACAGCAUCAACAAGACUAAUCAAAUUUUGGAACAACUCACGAAACAGUUGAAAAAUUCCGACAACACCAUCACGGAUCUGAGACAAGAAGUGUUGAAAUUGAGGCAUUGCGUGAAACAGCUGCAAACGGAAAAUACGGAAUUGAAGGGCAGAUUAUCGCAUAGUAAAUUUUCAUCGAGGGCAAACGGAGAUAGCGGAUUUGAUUCGCUAGAAUAUAUUGCAGAAAAUCAUGGAAGUGAUGAAGGUUUAACUAAUGGUAUCUCAGCUGAUGAAAUAGAUUUCAGAAAAAAUAAAAAGACGCAAAGACCAUCUAGUAUGUACGAGACACGGGAAGGAAUUAGCAAAGUUCCUUACUGGCACGCCAUGAAAAAUCAAAUGAAACAAAACGAUUCAAGGGGCACCCAAAGUCUUUACUCUUCACCACAAAACAGGGAAACUAUUUUACAGUGCACGGAACAAAUCACGAGAACCAUUCAAGAGUUAUGUAAAGCAAUUCAAGAACCCGACAAAGAAGAAUGUGUUACUAGUGCAGAGAAGGUCAAAGUAUCUGUUGUAAGGCUGGCCUCUGUCUUGCCAAAGGUACUGGAAACAGAAGCGGAUCGACUCAAGCUGAUGGUAGAACUCGUCUCAAGGUUACAACCGGAAUGUUCGGCCUUACAAAUUUCGAACCAAACUAGCGAUAUGAAAUCCGUAGAACAACAUUUCGGCAACAUCAGAGACAUUGCCUUCCAUCUUGCCAAAUUCACAAAAGAUAUAGUGACCAAAUAUUCGUCUAACCACUAGUAUUUUGUAUAUUUUUCUUUUUUUAGUUUUUAUUAUUUAAUUUGAUAAUGAUAUAAUUGUUCCAUUAAUAUUGCUCGUUAACGUUAGUUAAAAAGUAUUUUUUUUAUUCCGUCUUAUUUCGUUUGUAAAACGUUUUACAGAUAAGGGGCGUCACCAGCAAAAAUAAAUAAAAGAUGCGGUAAAAUACGCCAUCACUUUUGAAAUCUUACAGAAAGCUUCACUUUAAAGUAAAGUAUACGUAAUAAUUUCAAGUCCUAAGAUCUUUAAAAUGUGUUGUCCAGUCUCGACAGGCAAAAAAGUCAAUUAAAUCAUUAAUAAUAUCAGAUUAUCCAUAAAGUAAUUAACCAUACAAAUUUUCUUUUUAAACGUUUAUAAUUGCUUAGUUUUUAUUCUUCAAAGUUUAAAAAAAAAUAGAAAGUAUUGUUUAUUAAUAAUAAUCUUUAUACUAUUUACAAUAUAUCAUAUAUCUACAUUUUCAGUUUGAAGAAUAAAGAGAUCUUUAUUUGGUCUUCUUGUUUAACAAGGGGCCAUGGCAGAUGUUCAUGCCAGACUCCAAAAAGCAGGAUGUUCAUUAUUUAACCUUCAGGAGGCAAUUACUUUCGUAGUAGCAUUAAUUGACUAUUCCGACCGAGAUACUGGCGAGCAGUAAGUGAAUUUGUAGGUUUUAUAUGAAUUUAAUUUUGUUUUCCCUGAAAAGGUGAAAGAAAAAACAGGGUUUUCUUUUACGUGUGUGGAGAUCUGACGCCCCGCCCCG